GCAUUUCCUUCGGGAAACAAAGGUUAGUUUAUUUUACACUCCCAGUGAAGCUGUUCAGUUGCUGUGAGCGACUGUAAAGGGUUUAAUCAGGGCAGGAAACGGGUCUGUUCCGGCUCUCAAGAGGAUUCUGUCCACCAGCUGAGGGACGCAGUUUCCUGAUGCAGUGCUGCCAAACCUCCUGCAGAGGGCAGUAUUGGUCGACUGGUUUUGAUGAAGACAGAAAGUGUGUGAAGGCAGCAGCAUGGAUCAGUGUGAGGACGAGACAGUUCCUCUACUCCGGGAACAGAAGAGAGGACAAGAAGCUCAGAGAGCAGAACUCCGGCCUACAGAAGGUCGUUCCGGACCUGGACCUGAAUCCAGCACAGAGUCCUGCUGUUCCAUCUCAGCAUGCGUAUCCUGGUGCGGAACUCUCUGCUGCGAGAGAUCCGACUCUCCAGAAUCUGAACGUGUGCCCGGACCUGAACCUGUAUCUGCACCAGGAUCAGGACCAGGACCAGGACCAGGACCAGAACUGGGAGCUGAACCUGAACGAAGACCUGAUCCUGAAGAAAGACCUGGAACUGAACCUGCACCAGGAUUCAAACUAGAGCCUGAAUCUGAACCAGGACCUGAACCCAAAGCAAAACCUAAAUCUGAAACAGGACCUGGACUGGGAGCUGAACCUGAACCAAGACUUGAUCCUGAAGCAAGAUCUGAAUCUGAGCCAGGACCCAAACUACGACCUGAACCCGAGCAAAGACAUGCGCUUGAAACUGAACCAGAGUCUGUAUCUGAACCUGAUCCCAACCCUGAACAACGUCUUUCCUCUGAUUACAACAGUCAGCUUCAAACACAUGUCUAUGUGACGUCUGACGACCAGGAUGACUUCAGGGAAGUGAUGGCCUCCGGGAGUGACAACUAUAUUGAGGUAAAGAUGUGGUUGAAGGGCACUUUGGAGGAUUUGGACUCCAGGGGGCUGAAGGAAUUCCAGUGGUACCUGGUGAAUGCAGAUCAAUCAAAGGAUGGUAUCAAACCGAUCCCACUGUGUCGUCUGGAGCAUGCAGACAGAUUGGACACAGUAGAUCUGAUGAUGCAGAGGUACUCCUCAAAGACCAGAGAGGUGGCCGAGACGAUUUUAAAGAAGUUCAAAAGUGAUAAAGAAAAAUCCUUGUCGGACCUUUUUUUAAAGGACGAUCCAGUCUUUCCAGCUGGUGCAACAGAGAAAAAUGUUGCCAGGAUGAUGAGUGACUUUGUUAAGAAAGUGUCUAAACAAACCCUGACGGAGCUCGUAGAGGACCUCGUAACUGACGGUGUCUUAAAUGACCAGGACAAGAAGUCGAUACUGGAAGAGAACCACACCAGAGUAAAUAAGGCCAGCUGCCUUGUCAACAUUGUGAUGGAAAAGGAAGAGGAAGUCUGCAAUAAGAUGAUCAAUCAUCUUCAAACCAUAAAUCUUCUGGAUGUUUCCCCCGGUCCAUCUGCCGAAAAAGAACCAGUUCCUCCUACUGGGAUAAAAGUCUCUAACGUCACCAGAGAGUCACUGUCUCUGCAAUGGGAUCCUCCAGCUGGUGAAGUGGAGUCUUGCAUUGUGACCUGCUGCAGUGGAGGAGAAACUGUGGAAGAGAAGACAACAAACACAAACAGUGUUACGUUCAGCAGCCUGAAGCCAGGAGUGUCUUAUUCCCUCCAAGUUUCUGCACAACUGAGAAACGGAACUACAAGCACCCCAGCUUCAAUAACUGCCCAAACAGAACCAGUUCCUCCUACUGGGAUAAAAGUCUCUAACGUCACCAGUCAGUCACUGUCUCUGCAAUGGGAUCGUCCAGCUGGUGAAGUGGAGUCUUGCAUUGUGACCUGCUGCAGUGGAGGAGAAACUGUGGAAAAGAGGACAACAAACACAAACAGUGUUACGUUCAGCAGCCUGAAGCCAGGAGUGUCUUAUUCCCUCCAAGUUUCUGCACAACUGAGGAACGGAACUAGAAGCACCCCAGCUUCAAUAACUGCCCAAACAGAACCAGUUCCUCCUACUGGCAUAAAAGUCUCUAACGUCACCAGAGAGUCACUGUCUCUGCAAUGGGAUCCUCCAGCUGGUGAAGUGGAGUCUUGCAUUGUGACCUGCUGCAGUGGAGGAGAAACUGUGGAAGAGAAGACAACAAACACAAACAGUGUUACGUUCAGCAGCCUGAAGCCAGGAGUGUCUUAUUCCCUCCAUGUUUCUGCACAACUGAGAAACGGAACUACAAGCACCCCAGCUUCAAUAACUGCCCAAACAGAGAUCGACCUGGAGAGCCUGUUGAAGGAUCUGGGGUUGAUGCCGUUCUACAGAGAGAAACUAACACUCAGCAAGAUCCUGGAGAUUGAUGAGAAGACCAUCACUGAUGUUCCUGUCAAGAGUAAAUCAGAUCUCCCAUGGUAUUUUCUAAAGAAACUGAUGAUGGUUAAUGUGACAGCUAGAAAUAUGAAAUGUGCAUCAGUUAGUGAGUUGAACUGUGAUGAUUCAUCAGGGAAGUUAAAUUUGCGUGAUCUACUUGACAGUCCAAACACAGGUGACACACUAAACCCUCUCGACAUAAUCACUGCUCUCUUUCUGUGUUCAGAUGCUUUUGUACAACAAGAAAUGGCACUAAAAAUGUCGAUGUGUCAGUUCUCUGUGCCUCUGCUGCUUCCCAGCUGUGAUGCAGAACCGUGUACGCUCAUGCUGUGGGCCAUGAGAGACAUUGUCAAGAAGUACAGACCUCCAACUCUUUCACAAUCCAAGGGUUUCAUUGAAGAGAGAAUAGUUGAUUCUCAAGUUCCAAUGAUAUCUUGUGUGAGACUGGGUAUCUGCACCUUGUCAAAGUCAGAGAUCCUCAACAAGCUUCUCAGCAAUUCUCAGCAGUACCACGACACCUUUGUUCACCAAAACAUGGAGGGUUGUGAUAGUCCAAAAAGAAUAUCCAACGGACUGACAGAAAUCACCUGGUACCUUCCUGGUGGGAACAAAGACAUCGAUCUUUUCAAUAAACCAGUGGCUGUUGCUAAUCUUCACGGGGACAUUGCUUCAUUUGAAACACAAUACUCCUUUCUGUGUCAGACAUCUGCAGCAGUUUUUGUGUUCUUUGACCAUUUGGGCUCUGAGUGCAAAAUUCUUGCUAACCAGAACCAGAAAGCUCAGAUCUUCUUGGUGGGAAACAGUGAGAGCAAGAACUUCAGCUUAGAAACACUAGAAACCGUAGCAACUGCAUUGGAUUUGACUAAAAACAACAUUAUUAUUAAGACAAAACAGAAAAAUGAUGCAGAUUUUAUCAAAUGUUUGAGGAAAAAAGUGAGUGAUGUAGUUGAGAAACCACAGAUGAAGAUGCCAAUAGCAAAUAUGGCUGACAUUGCUCAUGAACUGGGAAUCUUGGUUGAUGAAGAUUCUCGAGAGUGUCAGGUUGGAAAGAAAAACGCAGAUGCCAUCACUGAAGAAAUUCAAGACCUUCUUCAGUAUAAAAAACAACAACUUCCCCUGCAAGGACAAAUAUGGAAGGAACUGACUCACUUAGAAAAAGAGGAAUUUCGCCUUCAAAAAGUUGGAUCUUUGAACAUAGAAGCGUACAAAAGCGACCUUGAGCAGCAGAUGGAGGAACUGCGGAAAAAGCAGAACUCUUAUGAUUUGUCCCCAGCAAUGACAUGCUUCAUCAAUGCAAUAUCCAGACCAGGAAUAGAAAGAUGUUAUUUCCUGAAAUGGAUGCGAAUGAACCUUGAUAACGUCUCUCGUUUAAAACUUUCUGCACUAAGAGAGCUGUACAAAGAAAAGUGCAAAGAUUCUGCAAACAAAGAGGAGGUGAAAGAAAUUGUCAGACAACUUUCCAACAGCUCUCUGGGGACUGAACAUUUCUUCCGUGAAAUGGGUCAGAUCUAUAAAGCUUCCCUCUCACUUCCAGAAACACACCAAUCACGUCAACAAUUUCAACAUCUGCCCAAAUGCUGUGCACAGUUGUUGCUUGAUGGAUUUCCUCUUGAACUUGUUGAUGGAGAUGCAUCCAACAUACCUCUGGGAUGGGUGAGUCAGGUUCUCACUCAGCUGAAUCACUUGGUGUCUCCAAAGAACAAAAUACGGGUAGUUACAGUUCUUGGAGUUCAGAGCACUGGAAAGUCCACUCUCCUCAACACCAUGUUUGGAGUGCAGUUUGCAGUCAGCAGUGGUCGAUGUACUCGGGGUGCCUUCAUGCUGCUCAUCAGACUCAAUGAAGACGUCAAAAGGGAAUUUGGCUGUGACUUCAUGGUGAUCAUUGACACCGAGGGCUUUAAGUCACCAGAACUUGCUCAACUGGACAACAGCUAUGAGCAUGACAGUGAGCUUGCAACACUUGUGGUGGGGCUGAGUGAUAUCACCAUUAUCAAUAUUGCAAUGGAGAAUUCAACUGAAAUGAAGGACAUUCUGCAAAUAGUGGUUCAUGCAUUCCUCCGGAUGAAGGAGUUAGGAAAAAAACCAAUAUGUCAGUUUGUUCAUCAAAAUGUUUCUGAUGUUUCUGCUCAUGAGAAGAACCUACGAGACAGGAAACUGCUCCUGGAACAGUUAAAUGAGAUGACCCAAGCAGCAGCCAGAAUGGAAAAGAGAGAGGAGAACAAAAGCUUCACUGAUGUGAUGGAGUACAGUCCAGACACGGGGAACUGCUACGUUCCUGGACUCUGGAAUGGAAACCCACCAAUGGCACCAGUCAAUGUGGGGUACAGCCAGACUUUAUACGAGCUCAAGAAGAACAUCAUCCAACAGCUGGGAGAGUGUGUAUCAUCUGCUAAUGAUGUAUUGGAGUUUAAAAAGUGGAUGACCAGUCUGUGGAAUGCUGUGAAGCACGAAAACUUCAUCUUCAGCUUCAGAAAAAGCCUUGUAGCUGAGGCAUACAUGAAGCUCUGCACAGAGUUCAAUAAAUGGGAGAGGGAAUUCAAGAAAGCAAUGUACAGCUGGAUUAGCAACGCAGAAACAAAGAUUUCUAACUUUGGUACAGUUGCUGCAAAGUCUCAAAUACCUGAUAUGGAAGAAUUCCUCGCUCAGUUAAAAUGUGAAGCGACCACAGAGCUGUCUAAAUGGGAGAAGAAGCUCAUUGACAAUCUUGAGGAAUACUUCAAGCAGAGAGAUGGACAUGUCUAUCUGGUUGAAGGAUACAAAGAGGAAUUUAAAAACAGCGCAAAAAACAUUCGUCGAGAAUUGGAGAAUUCUGUCGUAAAUCAGCUCAGAGCAGCAGCUGAUAUCAAACGAAGACAGAAAGAAGUCGACAAAAUCAAGGAGAACCAUACAAAAGAAAUAGAAAAGGCAGUGAGUGAAUGAAUUACUGAGUGUCGAAAGAAAAAAGUCCAAAUGACAGACGGAGAGUUAAACAAAGAGUUUGAUAAGAUGUGGAGAAAAACACUGAGUGAGUUGUCUUUCUCUGAACUAAAACCCACAGAUGUCUUCACAGAAGUGAGCCACUAUCUGAGAGAAAAUGUUUCACACAAGGGGAGUCAUGCAUGUGAACUGCUGAGUAAAAAAUCCCUCGAAGAGUGUGGGUUGGCAGCUUUCAUCUACAAACCUGAAGGAUGGAGUCAAACAGUAAAGAAAAAAUUCAGGGGUUUGUUUAAUCAUCAAGAUCUUGUAAAAGCCAAACAAAAAGUGGCUGACAUCAUCGUAGCUGCUUGCCAAGACUCUGUAACAGAAAAAAAGGAAAGAAAAACCAACUACCGCAAUACCUACAUCCAGGAGAUCCUUCGCAUCAUUGAUGAAAUGCUGAACAAAGCUGAUGUUGACACAGACGUUGAGUUUGAAGUUUCUCUAAAGCAGCACAUCUGUGCAGUUGCAGCCAGAAACUUUCAGAAAAUCCAAGAAGACUUCAUACAAGCAAAUGACCCCAAGAUCCUUCUGGAUAAAAACAAGGAAAAGUUCUGUCUAGAUUUCAAAGAUGUUUUCCACCAACGAGACCAGUGCCAGAAGAAGGCUGAAGAGUUCACAGAACAAUGUCUGAAAUCUGCUGUUGAAGACUUUGUCUACCGUUCUCUGGGUACCAAUAUCACUGACGAAAUGAUGAGAAGUCAAGCGUUCAGCACACGAACCUCCUUCCAGGGUUCAGUUCUGCUGGAUUUGCUGUCAAAGAAAGACUUCAACAGCUAUCUGAGCUGCAUUUGCAAUUAUGAGGAUUAUGUAAAAACAUGGAUACUUGAACAAAUAAAGAAGCACUUCGCAGAUACGACUAAAACAUCUGGGUAUGAGGAAGAACAUCUCAAAUAUAGUAUCAAAAAUAUAAAGGACGCCAUGGAAAAGGCCAAAUCAGAGAAGAGUGCUGACCUGAAGACAUUUGUUGAACGCAUCUGCAAAGAACUCAGUGAUAAAUUGGUCAUUUCCCAGGAUGCUCUUGGUGCCUUCAUGAUCCUGAACAACGCUGACCGGGAGCAGUUUGCGGAUUGGUUAACUGAGUCUGUGGAGAAGAUGGAAGAAACUCUUAAGAGGAAGUUUAAAGACACAAGCUUUGAGAUAAAACUAGAACACAUCCCUGUGAAUCCUCAGACUGAGCUUUUCAGAGUGGUUGGUUGUGGGAAACAGUGUCCGUUCUGUAAAGUUCCCUGUGAAGCAGGAGGAGGCCAACAUAAAGAUCACUUUGCUUCCCUGCAUCGACCAAGAGGUCUGGUUAGACGCAAAUGGGAAAGUUCAGAAAAACUUUCAACUGACAUUUGCACAUCUUCUGUGAUCAGUGACAACAGCUUUCGCGGCAGCGCCACCAAAAAUGAAUGGCAUCCUUACAAGUCUUACAGGGAAAUCUUCCCAGACUGGCACAUUCCUCCUGAUGGGAGUCUUGAGGCAUCAGAUUUUUGGAAAUAUGUGAUGAACAAGUACAACAGGGACUUUGCUGAAGCAUAUAAGGCAAAGCCAGCUGACAUUCCUGAAACUUGGAAGAAAAUUACAAAACAACAGGCAGAAACAAGCCUAAAAAACUCAUUUAACGUCAGCUGAGACUGAUUAUAUUCAACCUCACUCUCUUUGAUGGUGAAAGUGGAGCUUCCACUCUGUAUGUCGUGUCUUUUUAAUGCUCUUAAAGUUUCUCUAUUAACAACUUCAAGUUUGGUAACACAUAUAGAUCGGAAAUCAAAAAGGUUUAGAAAUACUGACAUGGUAAAACUGAUCGAUGUGGUUUUCUUUUAUCUACAUUUUCUUAUAACAAUGAAAUGUCAUCUGAUUUACUUUUCUGUGCAACUAUUUCUUGUCAUCAAAUCAUUUCUUACAUUCUUACAAUAUUUACCAAAUCAAAGUAAAGAUUUUCUUUAGUUUUUAAAUGUUGAAUGACAAGUUUUAUUUUUACUUUUUUUGUUAAAAACAUUGUCAUGUGAUUGUGUUUAUUCUUUUUUUUAUCAUUUUGGGAGCAGCAGAGGUUAUAAAAGUAAACACGACAUUUACUCAGUUACACCUGAAAUCACUGAAAUGAAAUGUUUGUUUUAAUACAAAUCUCACAUUAUAAAAUAGUCGAAUGCUUUUCUGAUUUCUCAUUGCAGAAUGUAAAGCAUUACGAUGAUGACUGUACUUACUUUUUAGCAUAAUUGCAUAUGCUUUCUUUUCAUCUUUUCUUUUGUUAUUAGCUUUCAAAGUACAACAACUACUUUGCUGAAGUAUAUAAUUAUAAAGUGAACUUUACAGUAUUUUUGAGAAAUAUCAAAGAAAAUGUUCAAGAGUAAACAAUGAUGACUGUAAACAGCCUUCAUCACUUGUGUUUAAAAUAAACCCUUACACUCUUUAAUAUUUUACUCUUAUUUGAUUUUUCAUAAUGUUAAAGAAAAUCCCUGACUGAUCUCUACAUGUCUGUUAAAUAUUGUCAGUUUAUGUGGGUACUUAAUCAUCAGAAGUAAAUAACUAGUUAGUGUUUCAUCUUUACUUGUGUGUAACGUGACUAAUAAAGGUUUAUGCUU